UUCGAAGGUAAGAGAGAGGAAGGGUUUCCGCCAAGUGAGAGAGAGAUAGUAGAAUUUAUCUAAGCACACAACACAACAGAUGUCUAUUCACAUGGAAUAGAUACGUAACCGUUAAUAAAUUUUUUCAAACUCUCAAAUUUAACGGUCCUCUUCGAGAGAGAGACACACACAGAGGUGUUUCGCGCCAUGGUGGCUCAGGUGAACAAACCAGGCUCUCUCGGUGGUGGUGGUGGUGGUGACCUCGAUCGCGACUACUUAGAGAAGACCAAGACCUUGAUUUGUGCUCUCAAUCUUCUCUCUCGCAACCACCCUCUUCCCCAAGACGUCUUCGAUUCCGUCUCCUCCAUCUAUUUUAGCGGUGGCGACAAUGACGGCGUCGACGCAGCGGAGGGCGUCGUCGUCGACGGCGAUGGUGACGGUGUUGGUGGAUCUGAUGUCAAUGUUGUUGAGAAAGUUUCGGAUGGCGUUGACAUUUCUAAAGGAGGAGCUUUGAUGAUGGACCUUGAGGAUGCUCUAGUGAAACAACGACCAAAUUGCAUGUCAGGUUCUGGAUUGACAAAAUCAAGGGAUGUUCGUUUGCAGAGCCACAUUCAGCAUCGUUUGACUGAACUUAAAGAAUUGCCAUCAAGCAGAGGAGAGGACCUGCAGUCAAAGUGCUUGCUUGAACUCUACGGACUGGAGCUUGCAGAGUUACAGAGCAAGGUUCGGUCUGAUGUGAGUUCAGAGUACUGGCUUCGCAUGCAUUGUGCCUAUCCUGACAAGCAAUUGUUUGAUUGGAGCAUGAUGCGAUUGCAUCGUCCUGCUUAUGGUCUCGGAGAUGCUUUCUCCAUGGAAGCUGAUGAUAACCUGAAGAAGAAAAGGGAUACUGAGAGGCUGUCAAGGUUCAAGGAGGAGGAGAAGAAUCUCAUGGAAACAAGGACAAGGAAAUUCUUUGCAGAAUUACUUAAUGCAGCCCGCGAACUCCAAUUGCAAGUACAAGCUGCUCAGAAACGUCGGAAACAAAGGAAUGAUGGUGUUCAGGCAUGGCAUGGAAGACAAAGGCAACGUGCUACACGGGCAGAAAAAUUGAGGUUCCAAGCUCUGAAAGCUGAUGAUCAGGAAGCAUACAUGAGAAUGGUGGAGGAGAGCAAGAAUGAACGGUUAACAAUGCUUCUAGGAAAAACUAAUGAUCUCCUAGUUCGUUUGGGAGCUGCUGUCCAACGUCAAAAAGAUGCUGAACAUGAUGGCAUUGAAGCCUUGAAAGACUCAGAUGCCGACUUGUCUAACUUGUCUGAUUUAAAGAGUGGUGCCCCUGAGGAUUCACUUCCUGAGGAAAAUGCUGAGACGGGCGAUAUUGAAUCCAAUCGCAGCGUUAAGACAGGGGAUCUACUCGAAGGCCAGCGACAAUAUAAUUCAGUGAUUCAUUCAAUCCAAGAAAAGGUAACCGAGCAACCAUCCAUGCUUCAAGGUGGAGAACUAAGGUCCUACCAGUUAGAAGGGCUUCAAUGGAUGCUGUCUUUAUUCAAUAACAAUCUAAAUGGAAUUUUAGCAGACGAGAUGGGAUUAGGCAAGACAAUCCAAACCAUUUCGUUGAUUGCCUAUCUCAUGGAAAACAAAGGCAUCACUGGCCCCUACUUGAUUGUGGCCCCAAAGGCUGUACUACCAAAUUGGGUUCAUGAAUUCUCAACCUGGGCUCCUAGUAUUGUUGCUAUUCUCUACGACGGGCGUCUUGAUGAAAGAAAGGCAUUGAGGGAAGAGUAUUCGGGAGAGGGAAAAUUCAAUGUGCUGAUCACUCACUAUGAUCUUAUUAUGAGAGACAAAGCAUUUUUGAAGAAAAUUCACUGGUACUACAUGAUUGUUGACGAAGGACAUAGGUUAAAAAAUCAUGAAUGUGCUCUUGCAAGGACUCUUGUUUCAGGCUACCGUAUUCGACGUCGACUACUGUUAACCGGUACCCCUAUACAGAAUAGUUUACAGGAGUUAUGGGCCCUGCUCAAUUUUCUCCUUCCAAGCAUUUUUAAUUCAGUUGAGAAUUUCGAGGAGUGGUUUAAUGCACCCUUUGCGGAUCGGUGUGAUGUUUCUCUAACAGAUGAAGAAGAACUAUUGGUCAUCCGCCGUCUGCACCAUGUCAUAAGGCCAUUUAUAUUGAGGAGAAAGAAAGAUGAGGUGGAGAAGUUCCUCCCUGGGAAAACGCAAGUCAUACUGAAAUGUGACAUGUCAGCAUGGCAGAAAGUAUACUAUCAUCAAGUCACAGAUGUGGGGAGGGUUGGAUUGGAUACUGGAUCUGGGAAGUCUAAGAGUCUACAAAACCUGUCGAUGCAGCUCAGAAAAUGUUGCAAUCACCCGUACCUGUUUGUGGGUGAAUAUAAUUUGUGGCGCAAGGAGGAGAUUUUUAGAGCAUCUGGGAAAUUUGAGCUACUUGAUCGUUUACUCCCAAAACUUCACAGAGCAGGGCAUAGGGUUCUCCUUUUCUCACAAAUGACCCGUCUCAUGGACAUUCUUGAAAUUUAUUUACAACUUCAUGAUUUUAAAUAUCUUAGACUCGACGGCUCAACAAAAACCGAGGAAAGAGGAACUUUACUAAAGCAAUUCAAUGCUCCGGAUUCUCCGUUCUUCAUGUUUCUUCUGAGUACUCGUGCCGGGGGUCUUGGUCUGAACUUACAAACAGCAGAUACUGUGAUAAUUUUUGACAGUGAUUGGAAUCCCCAAAUGGACCAACAGGCAGAGGAUAGGGCACAUCGUAUUGGGCAAAAGAAGGAAGUUAGGGUUUUUGUUUUGGUUAGCGUUGGAUCGAUUGAAGAGGUAAUCUUGGAACGCGCAAAACAGAAGAUGGGCAUUGACGCUAAGGUCAUCCAAGCAGGGCUGUUCAAUACAACCUCCACAGCUAAAGACAGAAGAGAGAUGUUGGAGGAGAUCAUGCGUAGAGGUACAAGCUCGCUUGGGACAGAUGUACCAAGUGAAAGAGAAAUUAACCGCCUUGCAGCUCGUUCUGAUGAAGAAUUCUGGCUAUUUGAGAAAAUGGAUGAGGAGAGAAAACGUCAGGAGAAUUACAGAUCUCGUCUCAUGGAAGAACAUGAGGUACCAGAGUGGGCAUACACCGCACCAGAUAACAAAGAAACCAAGGGCAAAGGAUUUGACUAUGAAAGUAGCAACAUCACUGGAAAGCGAAGAAGAAAAGAGGUGGUUUACGUGGACACACUUAGUGAUUUACAAUGGAUGAAGGCUGUGGAAAAUGGAGAAGACAUAGCGAGGCGUUCCUUAAGAGGAAAGAGAAAGGAACAUCUUCCCGCUAUGGGCAAUGAUGUGGCAACCAAUAGUGCAGGAGGGGAGACUAGAGUAUUUGAAUUGAAGAGUGAAAAUAUGUCUAUGGUGAGCGAGGCGACAAGUGAAGAUACGUCCGAGGUGGAAUAUUCCCAGAAAGCAGUUGGAGAGGGUGGUUGGAACAUAACAUGGAAGACUCAUAAAAGGAAGAGAUCAAAUUUGUCCUGAAUUCAUCUAAUUGAGGUUGAAUUUUCUAACAACAGAGGAAAUGGAUUUAGAUUUGAUUGGAAAAGCUUGCUGAAAACAGCAUAGCAUUGAAGGGUUUUGGUUAUCUCUCAUCCCCAUAGUUUCUGUACCCCGUCAUCAUCGGUGGUGGCUCGUUGCUGUUGGCAAAUAACCGAUGCUGUCAGACCUUCUUCUCCCUCCAGUUCCAUUAUUUUGGUAGUUUAGUUGUUACAUGUGUACUAGCAUACCAGACAGCUAUGUUAAAUUAUCCAAUUUAUAAAAGAAAAAAAAGAGGAAGAAAAAUAUCAUGUAUUGAUGCCUAAAGAGAGGGUUUUGUGAAAGGAAAAAGGGAUGAUUCUUGUUUUCUUUGUAACUUUUGAAAUUUUGGAUUUUCCUAUUCGAGUAAUUUUUU